UGAGAAAACAGUCCAGCAGGCAGAAGCUGGGAGUGGGUGAGUCGCAGCUGAGGGCCAUGGUAUCAAAGUCUUUGAACAGUAAUUUACGGACUUGAAUAACGCAGCGAAAGACCGCCGGCUCAUUUCUCCUGCAGAGUUUCGCUGUUUGCCAGAGUCCGUGUGUGACCGGCUGGUGCUCUUAGUGUUGAGCUAGGAGGCUAAUGUUAGCUAGCGGAGCCAGGCCCAGCGAACAGUUCAUUUACGUUGCAUUGUUUUUGUCACAGCUAAUGGGUCAAAUGUAAUUGUCGGUGCUUCGCCCAGUUUUCUGACACCUUUCGGCAACAAAACCCGCGCAAUUAAUCCACUUUGUUUCAACGUCGGACAGCGUGAUUAGCAACUAAACGUUAGCAUCGCCUGUAAACGUUAGCUAACUGAAUCAAAGCUAGCUAACUGAAUUAAAAUAAUGACUUCCAGGCGGACAGGCUAUGCUAACAUGGAUUCAUCUCCAUCAAAUAGCGGCGGCGGUGGCGGCUCGGUCCACAGUGGAAACCGUAAACAGAGUAUCAUCAACAUCUCCGACAGAACCGGGGUCGAGUCCUGCUAUGAUAGGAAACCCGACAAGGCUGGAUACGGAGCCUCGCAGGGCAACAUGACUGUAACGUCGCUGAAAUCACGGCUCGCCCCGACCAUUCAGACUGCCAUGUCCGCCGCGGUCGACACGCUCCUGGGUGAAGUGGUGCUUGUGCUCAAUGAGACGCAACAAGAGCUGCUGCACAAGGAGCAGGAGAACGAGAGACUCAAAGUGCGUCUUGAGGUGUCAGAGAGGGAGCUGAAGACUUUACAGGAGUGUCUGUGCAGCGCCCAGAAGCUCAUAGAUCAGCUUCAGAUCUCAUACACAGGCCCUCAGUCGGUCAGUCAGUCGGUUUUUGCACCAUCUCUGUCCUCCAUGGCUUCAUUGACUUCAGGCUUGGACCGGGACCACCAGAAUUCCCGAAACGUAAACGGGGCUGGUGUUGACCUGGGGCUUGGAGGCUCUGUGGACGAUUCACUUCAUGGGUUUGAGCCGAGAGACGACUACAAAAUGUGCCAACUUUCAAUCCAACCAGAUGGCUCUGUGACUAACCACGCUCUGGACUUUGCUUCCAACACAUCGCAUAUGUGCUCAGAUUCCAGCAGACCAGAUGAGAGGCAGUCUCAGGGACCAGGUGGAGCAUCCAGGUUUGAGAUUAAAGAGGAGCAGGGACCGGUUUCAGGCUCUGGUCAGCCCAGCAGGAAGGAUUCUGGGUUGCGUGGUGACAACAGAGUCGGUGAUGGAGAGGGAUCGUCCCAUAAUGUGGGCGACCUUGGCUACGUUCAAGUAGGAGGGGAUGAAGGUUCCCAGCGUUCAUUUACUCAGCCUCUGCGUCACCAAAGGACUGUCCGAGACUGCAGCGGGGGCCUGCAGCAGGGCGGGCUCGAUGGACAGAAGCAGCUGACUAGGACUGCUGGAGCCGGGAGGGGCGACAGUCUCUCACCAGGCAGAGCAGAGGACUCAGCAGGACCUUCGGCCCCUGACACAAUAGGGGAACCAUCUGGAGAUCGGCCUCACCACUGCUUGGAGUGUGGAAAGACCUUCCGCCUGAUCUCCAGCCUGAAGAAGCACAUCCGCAUCCACACCGGAGAGAAGCCCUACCCGUGUGGAGUCUGCGGCCGCCGCUUCCGCGAGUCUGGAGCGCUUAAAACCCACCUGCGCAUACACACGGGUGAGAAGCCAUACUCUUGCUCUGAGUGUGGAAACUGCUUCCGCCACUUGGACGGUUUGCGCAAGCACAGGCGCACGCACACGGGGGAGAAACCCUACGUGUGCGCCAUCUGCGGGAAGCGCCUGAGCCGCCUGCAGCACCUCAAACACCACCAGCUCAUUCACACCGGGGAGAGGCCAUGCUGCUGCCCAUUCUGCAACCGCACCUUCAAGGAGCCCGCCGCGCUGCGGAAACACAUCCGCACGCACCGGGAGGAGGGCGGCCACAUGGGGAUCGGUGCCAGCGACGACACGGACGCAGACGCCAUGGAUGACAUUAACAAUCUCCACCCAGCAGCUCCGUCCCCUCAGAUGAGGUUUGGGGAGUGGGGAGCCGAGGAGGACGACAGCUCAGUUGUGGACUGUGUGUAGAUAAUGAUUAAAGGAGGAACUGUCAGCGUUCUCGCCAUGAAACCUGCUCCACAUUACAAACAUGGGUCGAGGUGUAAACAUGAUGGAUAAAGUAAUCUCUGUUCCAUGCUGUUAAAGAAGAAUCAGGCUACAUAUAACCCUAGCUUCGGAGUUUAUCUCUGACAUUUUCAUGCUUUACACUCUUAGAAUAAAAAUAACUUUAAAAAUAUCCACUGCACAUUCUUCAAAGCCAAGUGUUUUUCUAGGACAUUCCUCAAGCAGCAGCAGCAGCAGACAGGUUGUUUUUGGCACAGAGAGUUGCAGGUUUGCGGACUGUCCAGCAUUAAUUUAGAAAGUGGCAGUAGCAGACAAGAGCAGUUUCCUGCCAUUAAGUGCCCUGAGCACUCAGUCAAACAUCAACUGAGUCUCUGCUGCUGCUGCUGCUGCUGCUGCUGUUCAAGAUGGUUCUCACCUGUGUUUUAGUCUGGACAAACUCAUACAUGAGUUUAGUUUUACACGUUAGUCGGAGGUUGUGUUUGCUCUUGAAUCAUUGUAGGCCUCUGAACACACACUGAGCUGCACGAAAAAUUCAAAUGGAUGCCAAGGGCCGGUUCAUGUUGCGUGUGUGCAUGGGUACCAGGCAUGAUGAUUAUGCAGCUGGGCAUUAUUGACUGAUUUAUUUAGUUUAUAUCUUCACAAAAUGAUAGUAUUUGAUAAGAGGUGUUGGUGCUUUACUCAAAAUGCAUUAUCUCAGAUGAGUCUUGUUGUGGAUGACAUGACAGGGAAAAUGAUAGGGGCGUCGUAAUAUUGCCUAGCUGUGGGGCUGCAAGUAGCAAUAAUUUUCAUUAUCUAUUAAUCUGCCGAUUAUUUUCAAGAUUAAUAGUUUUUUUUAUUCAUAAUCAACAGAGAAAAACACAUAAUCUUUACUUUUAAUAAGCUGGAACCAGCACAUGUUUGACACUUGUGCUAAAACUUCUAAUUGAUGAAUGAAAUAGCUGCCAGUAAUCUUCUUUCGAUCAUUGCAGCUCUAGUCAGCCGGAAAAGCUGAUUAAACUGGAGCAAAAAUACAUCUUUUUCUCUUUAAUGCAUCCUUUAAGAGCAGGAAUACAAAUCAUUGAAUCAAAGGCAGUAUUAACUGAAAUCCGAGACAAUAUCUGUCUGCAAUUAUGAAAUCGAUCUCUCAGCUAAAGAAUUAAUGUGUUUACUAAUACUCAUCUGGUUUCUUCAGCUAAUCAAUUGAGGAAAAUAUGUCACUUUUUUUUUCCAACACUUGUCUUGCCACAGGUGGAACUGUGAAUGUCAUCACUAGGGAAGUGUGUGAUAGGUUGACUAGUCAGUCCAAGAAUAACUAGUCUCUUUAGUUAAUUUUCUCACUUAUUUACAGAUUCCAUAUUAGCAUAAUAUAUACUGACAAGUGUUGUUUUAUAAAGAUGAGCAUCCAUUAACAACAUUUCUUUACUGCUGCGUCUAAAAUUGUACUAUUCUCUGAUCAUGUCUGACCUUUUACACUACAUUUUGCUCAUUUUCGGAGUGUUUCCUCACUUUGACACCGCUCAGCUAGUCCCAAGUUUAGUUUCUGUCUAAGCACAAAGGAAAUUAGCUGUUGGGAGCAUCCCUAUUCACCACAAUGUCACGGGUUUUAUUUAGGUCGCCAUUAUGUUGAAGUAAUAAUAACACCAACAAAAAAAGCAUAAAUUGUCAAAAGUAAUCCCAGAGAAUGGACCUAACCAGUCACCUGAGUUGUUGAGUUCAACCCCUAAUGAGGCCAUUUGUAAACUUAAAGGCUUAAAGUCUCAUCCAGACUCUGUUUUCCCCGUCGUGUCCUCACGAAGCAUGAACCAGUAAGUCCUCAGUGGAAGGCGUCUCAUUGUGCAGCCCUGCUCUGCUCGGUCUUAUCUCCUCUCGUCUCUCUGCAGAGCCCUCAUCAGUUGCACAAUGGUAAUGUUUUCAUUCGAGCCAAAGUUAUCUGUGUCGAGGCUAAGUCUGAAGAUAUCCCUGAAUACACAAAACACAGGGGUUGUUUUUGAAGAGGAUACGGGCUCGGCAAGCUGUCAUCAGCACGCACACAGAUCAACCAGUUCUAACACCGUUUCACUGAUUAUCACAUCUCUCUUUGUCAUGGACCAUAUCUCAGCAUUCCUUUUUUUUCUCUCUCUCUCUCUUUUUCUUUUUUUUUCUGUUGAAGCUGCUGCUGUACGUCUAGAGAGCCUCUCCUCUUCUGGCCUUUGUGUUGUUGUUACCAGCCGGUUACUAGCAUUUACUAGCGGACAGACUUUGGUGCUCGCAUGUGCAUAUCUGCUCCCUUCUGCUGGCGACAGUUUCUGUAUAUAAGAAUGUAGUUUUAGCCAUUUUAUCCGGUUGAAUGAGGGUUAACAUUGGUGGAAAAUGUGCAACAACUUUUUUUUUUUUUUUUUUAAGACGUAAUGUGCUUUAAAAACAUGAGUAUGCUAACAUUCACUGUAAAUAUAUAUAUAUAGAUAUAUAUAUAAUCCUAUGAAACUUUUCCCUGGUGUGACACUGAUGCAUCGGGGUUGACAGCAGAGCAUUAAUCUCCUCGGCUACUUGAGCUGUACUGUAGGUCUCCAUGAAUAAUACUAUUCUGAUCUCCAUGUAACUAUUCUAUGUACAUUUACAAGUGUAAGUCAUUUUAAAAGGGCACUCUAAAAUGUUACUGUAUACCCAGAAAAAUGAUUUGCAGAGUGAGUCUUCGCCCCCCAGAUAAUCAUAUUUAUUGUUUUUUGUAUGACAUACAAGGAGGCCUUUGCAUGUAGGUUCAAACUGAAAUGGCAUUCGUCCAUGAGAAGAAGUCAGUGUUAAAUGUGAACUGGAUUACUUUUUUUAUGCUUCUGUGUUCAGAAUAUGUCCCCCCGCCCCCAAACAUCACAUUCAUCCCGUUACCUACUGUAAAAGUUACUAUAUUAAAGGGCCUUGUUUCUA